CCAGUAUUAUUCCCGGUUAUCCCGGUUAGUUAUCCCGGUUAUCUGUCCCGGUAUUCCCGGUUAGUUAUCCCGGUUAUUCCCGGUUAGUUUUCCCGGUAAUCUCGGUAUUAUUCCCGGUAUUAUUCCCGCUAUUCCCGGUGUUUUUCCCGGUGUUUUUCCCGGUGUUAUUCCCGCUAUUCCCGGUAUUUUUUCCGGUGUUAUUCCCAGUAUUAUUCCCGUUAUUAUUCCCGGUGUUUUUCCCGGUAUUUUUCCUGCUAUUCCCGGUAUUUUUCCCGGUAUUAUUCCCGUUAUUAUUCCCGGUAUUCCCGGUGUUAUUCCCGGUGUUAUUCCCGGUGUUUUUCCCGGUAUUUUUCCUGCUAUUCCCGGUAUUUUUCCCGGUGUUAUUCCCGUUAUUCCCGGUAUUUUUCCCGCUAUUCCCGCCGUUUUUCCCGGUAUUUUUCCCGGUAUUUUUCCCGUUGUUUUUCCCGGUAUUCCCGUUGUUUUUCCCGCUAUUCCCGGUGUUUUUCCCGCUAUUUCCGCUGUUAUUCCCGGUGUUUUUCCCGCUAUUCCCGCUGGUUUUCCCGGUGUUUUUCCCGUUUUUCCCGCUGUUAUUCCCGGUAUUUUUCCCGGUGUUUUUCCCGCUAUUCCCGCUGUUAUUCCCGCUGUUUUUCCCGCUAUUCCCGGUGUUUUUCCCGGUGUUUUUCCCGCUAUUCCCGGUGUUUUUCCCGGUGUUAUUCCCGGUGUUUUUCCCGGUGUUUUUCCCGCUAUUCCCGCUGUUUUUCCCGCUGUUUUUCCCGCUAUUCCCGCUGUUAUUCCCGGUGUUUUUCCUGGUGUUAUUCCCGCUAUUCCCGCUGUUAUUCCCGCUAUUCCCGGUGUUAUUCCCGGUGUUUUUCCCGGUGUUAUUCCCGCUAUUCCCGCUGUUAUUCCCGCUGUUUUUCCCGCUGUUUUUCCCGCUAUUCCCGCUGUUAUUCCCGGUGUUAUUCCCGGUGUUUUUCCCGUUUUUCCCGCCGUUAUUCCCGUUUUUCCCGCCGUUAUUCCCGCUUUUCCCGGUGCCAUGCGUCCCGCGGGGCUCUGCGCGCUCUCUUUGGCCGCUCUGGGGCUGCUGCGGCUGCUCGGGGCUCCCUGGGGCUGGAGCGCGGCGGCCGCGCUGGGGCUGGGGCUGGGAGGAGGAGGAUGGAGAGGAGCGAGGAUCCUGCUCAAAACCGGGCCCCGCGACCUCUUCGGUCUCUGGGUCCUCCUCCGCGUCCGGCUGAACCUUCAUCGCUUGGGCCGCUCCGGCGGCUCCAUCCCGGCGCUGUUCCAGGCCACGGCGCGGCGAUUCCCGGCCAAGGCCGCGCUGGUGGACGCCGCCUCCGGCUCGGUCUGGACCUUCCGGCACCUGGAGGAAUUUUCCAACGGCGUCGCUCACCUGUUCCGGGAUUUGGGGUUCAGUUCUGGGGACGUGGUGGCCGUUUUCAUGGAAUCCCGGCCGGAAUUUGUCGGGAUUUGGUUGGGUUUGGCCAAGGCCGGGGUGGAGGCGGCGCUGCUCAGCUCUCACCUGCGCGGGGCGGGGCUGGCGCACGCCCUCACCUGCGCCGCCGCCGCCGCCAUCGUCUUCGGCACCGAGCUGGGGGAAGCUGUUUCCGAGGCCGGCUCCCUGCUGGGGCCGCGUCUGGGGAAGUUUUCCUGGGGCUCCGCGGAUUUGGGGCCGAUCCCGGCGGGGUCGCGGCCCCUGGAGCCCCUCCUGGAGCGAGCCCCGAAAUCCCCCCCGGGAAACGGCCCCGGGAAGGGCCUGGACGACCGGCUCUUCUACAUCUACACCUCGGGCACCACCGGCUUGCCCAAGGCGGCCAUCGUGGUGCACAGCAGGUAUUACAGAAUCGCCGCCUUCGGUUAUUUCGCCUUCCGGAUGCGCCCCGAUGACGUCAUCUACACCUGCCUGCCGCUCUACCACUCUGCAGGGAACAUCAUGGGGGUGGGGCAGUGCCUCCUCCACGGCCUCACCGUCGUCAUCCGCAAGAAAUUCUCGGCCUCCAGAUUUUGGGACGAUUGCGUCAAAUAUCGCUGCACGGUGAUCCAGUACAUCGGGGAGCUGUGCCGGUACCUGCUGGCCCAGCCCGUGGGCGAGGCCGAGCUGCGGCACCGGGUCCGGUUGGCGCUCGGGAACGGCCUCCGGGCCGAGCUGUGGCCGGAAUUCCGGCGGCGAUUCCGGCUGCGCCAAAUCGGGGAAUUCUACGGAGCCACCGAGUGCAACUGCAGCGUGGCCAACCUGGAUGGGAAGGUGGGCGCCUGCGGCUUCAACAGCCGCAUCCUUCCCAACGUUUAUCCCAUCCGCCUGGUCAAGGUACACCCGGACACUCUGGAGCUGCUCCGGGAUUCCCGCGGCCUCUGCAUUCCCUGCAGCCCAGGGGAGCCGGGGUUGCUGGUGGGCCGCAUCGACCAGCGGGAUCCCCUGCGCCGCUUCGACGGCUACGCCAGCGCCGGCGCCACGCGCAGCAAAAUCGCCCGCGACGUCCUGGCCAAGGGCGACCAGGCCUACCUGUCCGGGGACGUCCUGGUGAUGGAUGAUUUGGGAUAUUUGUACUUCCGAGACCGGGGCGGCGACACUUUCCGCUGGCGCGGGGAAAACGUCUCCAGCACCGAGGUCGAGGGCACCCUGAGCCGCCUCCUGGAGCAAACCGACGUCGCCGUCUACGGCGUCGAAAUUCCCGGCGUGGAGGGCCGGGCGGGCAUGGCGGCCAUCGCGGAUCCCGAGGGCCGGCUGGACGUGGCGGGGCUGUACCGGGCGCUGACGCCGCUGCUGCCGCCGUACGCGCGGCCGAUCUUCCUGCGCCUGCGCCCGCGCCUCGACAGCACCGGCACCUUCAAGCUGCAGAAGACGCGGCUGCGGGGGGAGGGCUGGGACCCCCGGCUGGUCCCCGAUCCCCUCUUCGUCCUCGACCCCCAGCGCGGCCGCUACGUCCCCCUGGACGCCGAGAGCCACGCGCGCCUCUGCUCCGGGAAAUCCGGCUUCUGAAUCCUGGGAAUGAUGGAAAUCCUGAUGGGAAUGGACUUGGGAUCCGGGAAAUCCGGAAAUCCUGCUGGGAACUGACUUGGGAUCCGGGAAAUCCGGGUUCUGAGUCCCGGGGAUGAUGGAAAUCCGCAUGGGAACGGACUUGGGAUCCGGGAAAUCCGGAAAUCCUGAUGGGAACGGACUUGGGAUCCGGGAAAUUCGGAAAUCCUCAUGGGAACUUACCUGGGAUCCGGGAAAUCCGGGUUCUGAAUCCCGGGAAUGAUGGAAAUCCUCGUGGGAACGGACUUGGGAUCCGGGAAAUCCGGGUUCUGAAUCCCGGGAAUGCCGGAAAUCCUCGUGGGAACUGAUUUAGGAUCCGGGAAAUCCGGGUUCUGAGUCCCGGGAAUGAUGGAAAUCCGCAUGGGAACUGCCUUGGGAUCCGGGAAAUCCGGGUUCUGAGUCCUGGGAAUGAUGGAAAUCCACAUGGGAACUGAUUUAGGAUCCGGGAAAUCCGGAAAUCCAAAUGGGAACUUACCUGGGAUCCGGGAAAUCCGAGUUCUGAGUCCUGGGAAUGAUGGAAAUCCUGAUGGGAACUGAUUUAGGAUCCGGGAAAUGGGAAAAUCCUGAUGGAAAACUUCCCUGGGAUCCCAAAAAUGGGAAAAUCCUGCUGGAAAACUUCCCUGGGAUCACAAAAAAGGGAAAAUCCCCUUGAAAAACGUCCCUGGAUUUCCUGGGAAUGGGAAAAUCCCGGUGGAAAACCACCUUAGGAUCCUGAAAAUGCGAAAAUCCCGCUGGAAAACUUCCCUGGGAUCCCAAAAAUGCGAAAAUCCCCUUGGAAAACUUCUGGAUUUCCUGGAAAAGAGCAGAAUUCCCAGGAAAACAGCGGGAUUUUGAGGAGAAAAGCGGGAUUUGAGUGGAAAACAGCGGCACUCCCAAGGAUCCAGGAGGAACCCGGCAGAAUUCCAGGAAUUUGCAGGAAAAUCCUGACUUUUGCAGAAUUCCGAGGAAAACCGGGACUGAGGGAGAACGAUGGAUGCGGCUCCUCCUCAUUAACUCUGACAGCGCUAAUUAACGUUUAAUUCGUGCCUAAUUAACCCCGUCAGGGACUCCCGGACAUAUUUAUUGCCUUUAACCCUUUCGGGCCGUUUUUAACCCCAUGCGCUGCCUUGCUCGUGCCUGACCGCGAGGCCAUUAAAAACCAGCGACUGUG